AUGUCCGAUUCUGACUCCGACUUUGAUGCUAUGCCGACCUCUUCGAAGGCGGCGGCGAAGAAAACCACCGCCUCGGCGAAGGCAGCUCCGAAGAAGAAGCCUGCUGGGAAUUCAGGUGGUGCGAACAACACUGUGACCGAAGAGGAGCUUCAGAAUGUGUUCACUGACAUCGACAAGGCCGAGAACAAGGGGAAGGGGAUGUCGAUCGAGGAGAUGUACCAGAAGAAGUCUCAGCUGGAGCACAUCAUGCUGAGACCUGACACCUACAUUGGAUCUGUUGAAUUCUGUGAUCGAACUGUGGGUUUUUUAUUUUUUUCUUUUGUCUUUAGGUUCCAUGAGCUUCUUAGUACUUGAAAAUUUUCGUGAGAGGAUGUCACAUUGUCUUACAAUAGUGAUUUUGCAUUUCAUCUAAACCAAUGUUUCUGACGGGUUUUUCUCGUUUCAGCCCAUGUGGAUUUACGAUGGCGAGGCUGAUAAGAUUGUGAACCGCGAAAUCAGUUAUGUCCCAGGUCUCUACAAGAUCUUCGAUGAAAUUGUUGUCAACGCUGCGGACAAUAAACAAAGGGAUCCGAAAAUGAAUAUGAUCAAAAUCAGUAUCAACAAGUAUGCUUUAUUUCUUUAUUUUUUUUUGUUCUUUAGAUUGAGGGGUAAUGUGGAGUGGGAAUGAUGAUUAAUUUGAUUUUUUCAGAGAAAAGAACGAGAUUUCCGUCACCAAUAAUGGACGUGGUAUCCCGGUCGUGAUGCACAAGGUAGAAAAGUUGUAUGUUCCCGAGAUGAUCUUUGGAACUCUUCUCACUUCGUCCAACUACAACGAUGAUGAGAAAAAAGUGACCGGUGGCCGGAACGGUUAUGGUGCGAAGCUUUGCAACAUCUUCUCAACGAAAUUUACCUUGGAGACAGCUAGUAGAGAACAUAAGAAGAAGUUCAAGCAGACGUGGGUCAACAAUAUGACCAAGGAAAAGGAGCCAGAAAUCGAAAGUUUCAAUGGCGAGGAUUACACGAAAGUGACCUUCUCGCCAGACUUGGCCAAGUUUAAAAUGACUGAACUCGAUGAUGACAUCGUUGGAUUGAUGUCCAGGCGUGCGUAUGAUAUUGCCGGAACAACAAAGGGGGUCAAAGUGUACCUGAAUGGGAAGCUUAUCCCGGUACGAAUUUAGUUGUGUUGCCUGAAAGAUUAGUUUGAAUAUAUUGAUUUAUAGGGGUCUAGUACAAUAUAAAUUUUUGAAAUUUUAGUGCCAAGGAUUCAAACAAUACGUUGAGCAGUACACCAGAGGCGUCGAAUACGACGGAGAGCCAGUCAAAGUGGCCUACGAAGCGAAUGGAACCCGCUGGGACAUUGCCAUGACCGUAUCAGAACGGGGUUUCCAACAAGUGUCGUUUGUGAAUUCCAUUGCCACCACCAAAGGCGGCCGGCACGUGGAUUAUGUGGCUGAUCAAAUCAUCAGCAAAUUGAUUGACACCAUCAAGAAGAAGAGCGGGAAAAGUGGAAUCAAUGUGAAGCCGUUUCAAGUGAAGAAUCAUCUUUGGGUCUUUGUCAAUUGCUUGAUUGAGAAUCCAACCUUCGAUUCUCAGACCAAAGAAACGAUGACUUUGCAGGUAAAAUGAUUUUUAAUUGAUUUUUUGGAUGUUGUUUAAAGUGGUUGAUGAUUUGUGGUUAAUUUUUAUAUUAUUUUAUGUUUUAGGCAAAGAAUUUUGGCUCCAAGUGCGAGCCGACCGAAAAGUUCGUCAAAGAUGCGCUAAAGUGUGGGGUUGUGGAGGCAGUGAUGAGCUGGGUGAAGUUCAAGCAACAGGAACAGCAGGACAAGAAGUGCUCCACCAAGAAGACCUCUAAACUGAAGGGAAUCCCCAAACUGGAAGAUGCCAACGACGCGGGAACCAAGAACUCCCAUCUUUGCACAUUGAUCCUGACCGAAGGAGAUUCGGCCAAAUCUUUGGCUGUGGCCGGAUUGGGUGUGAUCGGAAGAGAUCGUUAUGGGGUCUUCCCGUUGAGAGGUAAAAUGCUCAAUGUGAGAGACGGGAGUCACAAACAGAUCAUGGAGAAUGCCGAGAUCAACGCCAUGUUGAAGAUUGUCGGGUUGCAGUACAAGUUGAAGUACGCGACGGACGAGGAAAGGAAAACCCUUCGCUAUGGAAAGAUCAUGAUCAUGACUGAUCAGGUAGGAUUUGGGGAAAUUUGGAAGCAAUUUCAGAACUGGCAUAUUUGAAAAGUGAAGAUUUUUUGGUCAUUAUAUUAUACAUGAUGACUAAAAUUUUUUUUUUUUUUGUGUAUGAAACUUCUGAGAUGAUUGUAAAUUAUUUUUUACACUUUCAGGAUCAAGAUGGUUCUCACAUCAAAGGUCUUUUGAUCAACUUCAUCCACGCCAACUGGCCGAAUCUCAUCAAAGCCAACUUCUUGGAGGAAUUUAUCACCCCAAUUGUCAAGGCGACCAAAGGAAAAGAAGAACGAUCCUUUUAUUCCCUCCCUGAAUAUAUGGAAUGGAGGCUGAACAAUGAUAAUUGGAAGUCUUACAAGAUCAAAUAUUACAAGGGUAAGGGAUUUUGGGAAGGCUUUUGUUUUAUAAUUAGACUUGUCAUGAAUAAUGUUUUUUUGGGGGAUUUUGAAAGAAUGUUUGAUUAAUUUGGACGUUUUUAGGAUUGGGUACCUCCUCAGCGAAGGAGGCGAAGGAAUACUUUUCGGACAUGGCCCGCCACCGAAUCAAGUUCAGAUACGAAGGCCCGAAUGACGAUAGUGCGGUGGAAAUGGCGUUCUCCAAGAAGAAGAUUGAAGACCGAAAGGGAUGGCUGACUGGAUGGAUGCAGACUCGAAGAGAGCGAAGAGAAGCCGGCGAAAUUGAAGAUUACCUGUACGACAAGGACACCCGAGAUGUGUCGUACGCGGAUUUCGUCAACAAGGAGCUGAUCUUGUUCUCCAACAUGGACAAUGAACGUUCCAUCCCUUCGUUGGUGGAUGGGUUCAAGCCCGGGCAGAGAAAGGUGGGUCGAUUGGUUUAUGGAGAAUGUAUUUGAUGUUUUAGGUCAUGUUCACCUGUUUCAAACGUGCUGACAAGAAAGAAGUGAAGGUCGCUCAGCUGGCUGGUGCGGUCGGAGAGAUGUCCGCUUAUCAUCAUGGUGAAGUAAGUCGAUUACGAUUUAAAUUUAAGUGUUUAGAUGGAUUCUUUGGCUAUUUUUUAAUGAGUAAUAUAAUGAUGUCAAGAAUAAUAUAAUUUUUUGAUUUUUUCAGCAAUCUCUCAUGAUGACCAUUAUCAAUUUGGCCCAAGACUACGUGGGCAGCAACAACAUCAACUUGCUGAUGCCCAAUGGUCAAUUCGGUACAAGGCUUCUUGGUGGAAAAGACUCGGCUUCGCCUCGUUAUAUCUUCACUCAACUGUCGCCGGUAGCAAAGACCCUCUUCCCGCCGGCGGACGAGCAUGUCUUACGAUUCUUGUUCGAGGAGAACCAGAAGAUUGAGCCCGAAUGGUACUGCCCGAUCAUCCCGAUGGUUCUGGUGAACGGAGCCGAAGGCAUUGGGACUGGUUGGUCCACGAAGAUUCCCAAUUACAACCCGAGGGACAUUGUGAAGAAUAUCCGAAGGCUCAUCCAAGGAGAAGAGUUGGUGAAGAUGCAGCCAUGGUACAAGAAGUUCAAUGGAACCAUCAGCCAGAUUGACAGCCAAAGGUUCGCCUGUUCUGGGGAGAUUGCGAUUGUCAAUGAUGAUACGGUGGAGAUCACGGAACUCCCAGUCAAGACUUGGACGCAAAAUUACAAGGAGAAUGUGCUGGAACCCAUGAUGGAUGGAACCCCGGAUAAACCGGCGUUGAUCAAUGAUUUCAAGGAAUAUCAUACGGAAGAGACGGUCAAGUUCCUCGUGAAGUUCGCUCCGGGAAAACUGAGGGAAGCCGAAAGGCAGGGACUCCAUAAUGUCUUCAAAUUGACAACCGUCAUCAACACCACAUCCAUGGUCCUCUUCGACGCAGCUGGUGUCCUCAGGACCUUUUCGAGCCCCGAACAGAUCUGCAUGGAAUUCUUUGACACAAGAAAAGUAAAGUAUAUCGAGAGAAAGGCGUUCUUGGAAGGAAUGCUCCAAGCCCAGAGCGAUAGACUCUCGGAACAGGCCAGGUUCAUCUUGAUGAAGAUUAAGAACGAGAUCCACAUCGAGAACAAGAAGAAGCAAGCCAUCAUUGAACAGCUUAUCAAGCACGACUUCAAGCCGGAUCCAGUGAAGCAAUGGAAGGACGUGCAGAGGAGAAAGGAGCUCGAAAUGUGCGGAGAGGUCGAUAUGGAGGAUGAGGAAGAAAAUGAGGAGAAUGAAAAUGUAGGUGGGGAUUUGGGAGGAAUUUUUUAUAUUGUAGUAGAUAUCAUAGGGAUUUUUUUUAAUUUUGAGAAUUUUGUAUUUUUUUUUGGUCUUUAAAUAGGAUAAUUUUAAGAUAACAUAAAAAUCUUUAUUUCGUAAAAUAAUAAUUGGACAAAAAGAUAUAUAAAAAUCGGAUUUUUUUGGUUCACCCUAAUAGAUUUGUUUUUAGGAUCAGCUCUCCAGAAAGGUCUCGGAUUAUGAUUAUUUGGUCGGUAUGGCCAUUUGGAAGUUGUCCAUGGAAGACAAGGACAAAUUGUUAGCCGAGAGCGAAGCAAAGAAGGAUGAAUUGAAGGUCCUUCAAUCAAAAUCAUGGGAUGUCCUUUGGGAAGAAGACCUUAAAGUCUUUGAAGAAGCUCUGGAGAAACAGGUAAGGGAGAUUUUAGAUUAUUUAUGAGAACAAAAAAAAGUUUUAUUAGUUUUAUUUUUUUAUUUAUUUUUUUGAAGCUGUUUGAUGAUGACUUUGUUUUUAGGAGAAGAAGGAAAAAGCCGACUUGGACGAUUGUCUCAAGAAAGCCGUCGCCAAACUUGGAAAGGACAAGUCGGAUGCGGGAAAAAGAGCGGGCAAAAAGCUGGCUGCAGGCAUGGCUGAUGUCAAACCGAAUCCGGAUGCCAUCAAGGUGGAGGUCAACUUGGAUGUGGUGAAAGGAAAAUACGAAACCAAGGCCAAGAAACCGAAGGAACCCAAAGAACCCAAGGCCCCAAGAGCCACCAAGAAGGCCAAGGAUCUGGCCAACAACACUUCCAUGGACAGUUUUGUCACCAAGAAGGUCAAAGAGGAGGACGAUUCGGACAUUGAAGAAGUGGACAAGGAGAAUGAAGAUAAGUCCAAGAAGGCCAAGAAACCAGCUGCAAAGAGGGCCAAGUCCACUCCGAAGAAGAGAAAGGCGGCAUCAUCGGAUGAUGAUGAUGAAGUUGUGCUCUCCGACGAGGAAGAAGCUAUGGACGUUGGAACCCCACCACCGAAGAGAGAAACGGCCCCAAGAAGAGCGGCUGCCGCCAAGAAACCCAUUGUUUUGGAUGAGGAUUCGGACGAGGAAGUUCUCCCAGUCAAGAAACAACGCAGAAUCGUCGACUCCGAUGAUGACUUUGAAUAA